GCAGAGGAUGCUUCAGCCCGUUAUUCCUCAGUAUCCAGUCUCUCUCAGAGUUGGAUCUCUCAGUGUUUUUAUCGAGAAAGUGAAGGAAAACUCCAAGUGAUAUGCUAUAUACAUUUAAUUUUUUGUAAAAAACGAAAUUGUACUUAAAGACGAAUGGAAUUUCGUGGGAUCAAGGCGAGCAGAGACUGUACAAUCUCUGUCGCUGAGUGAGUAUCUAUCUCACUGUUUCUGAUUGUGCUGCUACGGAAAUGCUUGAAACUGCUGCAUGAAUGGUCGUGGGUAUCACCGGGGAUUGCGGUAGGCUACAUUGCGAAGCUAUCCCCUGACUAACAGACAAUGUGCCCACUCAAGCCUGGCGCAGAACGUAUCCGAUGAAUGAUUCCUGGUUUCAUUUGCCUGUUGGUUUGUAACGAAGAUCAAUGGAGAGACCUGCGCGUCCGUGCGCACUGGUACCUUUUUUUACACUAAUGUUGUGUUAAUUUGGGUUACAUGUCGCUACUGAAAUUCCCAACUCCAAGGCUCAUACAACGUUGAUGCUGGAUAAUUCAGCAACAUUGUUGUAAAAAUGCUGAACAGCGUUUUGUUGCUCAGCGUUUUAACUGUGACCAGUUUCGCAUCGAAGACAGACAGCCGCAAAACAUCUAAAGAAAUUUGUAAGAACCGCUGCUCCUGUGAGGAAAAGGAGAAUAUAUUGAGCAUUAACUGCGAAAACAAAGGGUUUACAACGGUGAGUCUAUUUCAGCCUCCACCGAACAAAAUCUGCCAACUCUUUCUCAAUGGAAACUUUCUUUCGCGACUUAAUCCGAACGAGUUUAUCAAUUAUGGUAAUGUCACAUCCCUUCACCUGGGAAACAACGGGUUACAGGAGAUACAGACUGGAGCUUUUACUGGACUGAGGUUUUUAAAACGACUUCAUCUCAACAACAAUAACUUGGAGAUAAUCAAGGAAGUCACCUUUGCUGGUUUAGAGAGUUUGGAAUAUUUACAGGCAGAUUAUAAUUACAUCAGCGCCAUUGAAGCAGGUGCAUUCGGCAAAUUAAAUAAACUCAAAGUGUUGAUUCUCAACGACAACCUCAUGCUGUCCCUUCCCAACAAUGUAUUUCGUUUCGUUAUGUUAACGCAUUUGGAUCUAAGGGGAAACCGGCUUAAAAUGCUGCCUUUUGCUGGUGUGCUGGAGCACAUAGGCGGCAUUAUGGAGAUCCAACUGGAGGAGAACCCGUGGAAUUGCACCUGUGAUCUGAUACCCUUAAAAGCCUGGCUGGACACCAUCUCGGUCUUUGUAGGGGACAUCGUGUGCGAGACCCCCUUUAGACUGCAUGGAAAGGACAUUACGCAAUUGAUUAGGCAAGAUCUAUGCCCCCGACGUAAUGCUGGUGAUUCUAAUCACCGCGCAAUGCAGCCCCCUUCUGAUUCCCAAUACGACGGCCCCUCUCCCACCCUACACCCCGGUGUCACUCCAACAAAAGCCCCACGGGCCUCCCGUCCCCCUAAAAUGAGAAAUCGCCCUACACAACGGGUAACGUCUGGUAAGGACAAACAAGUGCUGGGGCCUAUAAUGGUUUAUCAGACUAGGUCCCCUGUUCCCAUGACCUGCCCUAGUAUAUGCGUCUGUACCUCCCAGAACGCAGACACUGGAUUAAAUAUCAACUGCCAGGAGAGGAAAUUGCAUAAUAUAACAGGGCUUACCCCUAAACCCUCCUAUCCAAAGAAAUUGCAUUUAACAGGGAAUUACUUACAUACCAUAUAUAGAACAGACCUAACCGAAUACAGCACACUCGAGCUCCUCCAUUUAGGAAAUAAUAGGAUAGCUGUUAUUCAGGACGGGGCCUUUGACAACCUGGCUAAUCUACGGAGACUUUACCUCAAUGGCAAUUACAUUGAAAGUCUAUCCCAAUCAUUAUUCGUAGGGCUGCAGAGCCUUCAAUAUUUAUACCUGGAGUACAAUGUCAUCAAGGACAUUUUACCACAGACGUUUAACUCAUUACAGAAUCUGCAGCUGCUGUUCCUAAACAACAAUCUACUAAGAUCCCUUCCCGACAAUAUAUUUUGGGGGACUAUGCUAACAAGACUGAACCUGAGGAACAAUCACUUCUCACACCUGCCGGUGCGCGGUGUGCUCGACCAGCUCUCCGCAUUCAUUCAGAUCGAUCUGCAGGAGAACCCAUGGGAUUGCACAUGCGACAUCGUCGCCCUUAAAAACUGGAUGGAGCUGUCCAGCACCAGUGUCGUGGUAAAUGAAAUCACAUGUGAUUCGCCUUCCAAACACGCAGGGCGGCUGCUCAGAUCUCUGCGUAAUGACGCAAUUUGUCCCGAGCCUAACGAGGUCACAGUAGGACUAACCAAGGCCCCCACGGUCAGUCCCAGCACCGACUCCACUCCCCCGCUUGCCAUCACGUCAACAGAAGAGCAGAUACCCGAGAUGCACGCGGAGGUGCCCCUGUCUGUUCUCAUACUGGGACUGCUCGUGGUGUUCAUUCUGUCGGUCUGCUUCGGGGCUGGUCUUUUCGUAUUCGUCCUCAAACGACGCAAAGGAAUUGAUAGCGUCCCCGCCAGUGCCAAUCAUUUAGAUAUAAACUCUUUCCACGUACAGUAUGGUUCAUAUAGCUCAGAGCCCACUGCAGAUAAAACAGAGACACAUGUGUAUAACUACAUCCCUCCCCCCGCUAGCCAGAUGUGUCAGAACCCCAUCUACAUGCAGAAAGAUAGCGAGCAGGUGGCGUACUAUAGGAAUCUAAAAGAGCUAACUUUCAGCACCAUGGACCCGAAAAAGUUGGAGUUGCCCCCAAGCCCAUAUACCAUAAGCACAGUGGAACUCAAUGAGAAACAAUCUUGUGGCAAUCGACAGCCGGAGCUGCUUUAUCAAAACAUUGCAGAGAGAGUUAAGGAGCUUCCGACGGCUGGCGAUCAGAAUUACAGUUUCUGCACUUUACCGAAAAGACAAUUCAUUCCUCCAUUUGAAACUACUAGACGACACAAACAGGACAGGUUGAAUAAAACUGUUCUCUAUGGGACUCCACGAAAGUAUUAUGCUGAACAAUCAAAAAAUGAACACCCUUUGCUGCCUGGGAAGCUAAAAACAGAACCAGACUACCUCGAAGUUCUGGAAAAACAUACUGCAAUGAGUCAGUUGUAAGAUAUGGCCCUACUUACUAUCAUCACACGUAUUACAUCGGUAUGUAUCUAUGUAUUCCACAAAUUGACGAGUCCAACUCAAACAAAGCAACCUAAGCCGUUUUAUCUUUUUUUAUUUUCCAGCUGUAUUGAGUCAACGUAGCCCUUUAUGCAGACAGUUAUAUUAUAUUACUGGAGGUUUAACAUAUUUAUUAUACUUUAAAUAUAAAGACUGUAGCAGGUACCGCAAGAACUAUGUAUAAUACGGCUGUGUGCAUUUUAUAUAAUAUAUUUUAUUUUCUCUGUGGAAACAAAUAUCAUUUUUAGAUGAAUAAUUGAGAAAUGACAUUCCUGUAUAUAAUAAUGGGUGUGAAACACAUGUAAAGGUUCCGUCCACAUGACGAUCCAUUUAUUCCAGAAGUGCCUUUGCACUCCGAGUAUUUUAUCUUUGCUUUCUGCAAAUGGAAAUUUGCUGUAUUUUUAAGAAUCUUUAUGUACAAUUUAAUUAUUUGUCCAUUACAUUAAACAUAAUUGAAGAGGG